AUGAGAGAAGAUAGAGCUGAUUUGGACCAAGGAUUGGGAUGGAUCACGUUCUUGGCUAAGGGAGAGAAGAGAAUGGUGACCUUUAGGCAGUUGGAGAUCUUGUUUGGGUUCAACUAUGGAGAGGGAACCAAGUGGAACUUCAAGGAAAAGGAACUCCAAAGGGUUUGGGCUACAAUCGCUGAUGGAGUGUACUCUUCCUCAAGGUCCAAGGCAGCUCAGAUCAGGAGCCCAGUCUUGAGAUAUGUGCACAAGGCACUUGCCAACACCUUCUUUGCAAGGAAGGCAACCGGGACAAUCAACGAGGGGAACUCAAGUUUCUUGACAUGGGAAUCAAGCCCUUCUCUCACGCACAAGCGAUGGCAAGAGGAUCAGGGGAGAUAG